UAGAAAUGGUGAAUAUAGACACGAUACAAAAGAAUUAUCCGCUGCACUGGCUCAUAUGGAAUAACAACUAUGUAGAACUGGAAGAGGAGUUAUUUUCGAAGCUGCAUGAUGUAGAAAUGCCUGACAACAGAGGCAGAACACCAUUAAUGUUAGCUGUUACUUUGGGCCAUAGUGAAUGUGUUGGGAUGUUAUUACAACAUGACGCUAAUGUCAACACAGAAAAUACUCAAGGGUGGACUGUGGUCCAAGAAGCAGUUGGAACAGGAAAUCCUGAACUAUUGCAGAUGGUGCUAGCACAUAGGGAUUAUCAAAGAUAUUGCAAUCGGGUAGCCGGUAUUCCAGAAUUACUUCAUAAACUUAAACAAGCUCCAGAUUUUUAUGUAGAAAUGAAAUGGGAAUUUACUAGUUGGGUUCCCCUUGCAUCGAGAAUGUGUCCUAGCGAUACGUACAAAGUAUACAAACAAGGCAGUAACGUGAGAAUUGAUACAACGUUACUGGGAUUCGAUCACGCGAACUGGCAACGCGGAAAUCGUAGUUACGUCUUCAAAGGACAAAAUGAUGGAGCAACAAUGAUGGAAGUCGAUCAUGAAACAAGAAAAGUAUAUGUCGAGCAUAUGAAAUUGAUAGAUGUGCAGAAUAUACAAUUAAUGGAACCCUCCGAGGAAGGUGUAUUAGCUCGCCUUACGAAUCCUAUAGUUACUACGUACAUAGACACGGAUAAAAUUAGUUUCGAACGCAAUAAGGCUGGUUUGUGGGGCUGGCGGUCAGACAAAAGCGAAACAGUAAAUGGGCACGAUUGUAAGGUGUUCAGUGCGAGUAAUGUAGAAUUAAUAACGAAAACUCGAUUAGAACAUUUAUCAGAGCCAGAUAAAGUAAGGGCUCGAGCUCCUCGUACGCCGCUUCACUCGUUUCUUGGCAUAGCGGAACAACAACCAGAGAAUUGUAUUAAUGCAACUACUAGUGAAGAAUAUAACAAUGUUGGAAAUCCUUCUAACAUCACGGCCGAAGAGUAUUUUGAUCCAGAUGUUGAUCUAAAUGGAAGGGAUAUAGGUAGACCAAAGGAAGUUAAUACAAAAAUUCAAAAAUUCAAGGCAACUCUGUGGCUUAGCGAAGAAUAUCCAUUGAGCCUUCAAGAACAAAUAAUGCCGAUCGUCGACCUGAUGGCAAUAUCUAGUUCACAUUUUGCGAAAUUAAAAGAUUUUAUUCAAAUGCAGUUGCCGGCUGGAUUUCCUGUUAAAAUUGAAAUACCUCUGUUUCAUAUAUUAAAUGCGAGAAUUACGUUUGGAAACAUUUUUGGCAUGGAUCAGGAAGUACCUCAUGUAGAUUAUUUGCAAGAAACUAACAGGAUGACUUGUUUAGUCGAUGAUACUUGUUUUGAAGUACCAACGGGCUAUGCAAAACUAGGUGCUGAAGUUCGUACUCAAUUCAGUACUGAAGAAGAAGACGAUCUAUUACAGUUUGCUAUCCAACAAAGUUUAUUGGAAGCUGGAAGUGAACGUGAUGAGGUCGAUAUAUGGGAAGCAUUGAAAGCACAGAAACCAUCUCGACCAACAACACCCAAUAUGACUACAGAAGAGGAGCGGCAGCUUCAAAGAGCCAUUCAGGCCAGUCUGGCGCUGUACCAGGAGAGUACUGCUGCGUGUGCGAGCGGUCGAAGUGAUACCAGCAGAACUAGCGACGGGGAGGAUCCUGACGCGCUCGAGGGCACUGCAGAACAAUUGAGACUGGCAUUAAGAUUGUCGGAACAGCAGCAACUCGAGGAAGAGCAACGCCGGUUGCUGGAAGAAGAAACAUUUCGGCAAGUGUUGGAGCUGUCCCUUACAGACAAGUGAACUGUACAAUGUGUAAUAGUCUUCAAAUGAAAUUCGAUCAAGUUGUACUUCCACGACCACGAGAAAUCUUCCGGCCGCGAAGUGUCGAGACUGUGGAAUAAGAAGUAUUUCCUAUGACUCAUGAAGUGCAUCAUUUGGCAGCGAUUCUUGUUACAGAGAGCAGUAUUAAGUUCCAUCGGCUAUAAAGUAAUCAAAGGCACGAUCAGCCGUUCUUGAAUAGUUAGUGGAAAAGGUAUUGUAUAGUCGUAAGAUCAACUAAUAAUAGCUAAAGUACUCGUGUUUCGGGCGUUGGGGCAGAAGAAUUGGUUAAAACAUAGCUUCCAUUGACUAUAUUAUUUAGCCGAGAGAAACCUAAGUCAUGUUCUCUAAUAAGAAUCGCUACUAGCCAUUGUAUAUUGAGAAAUAAAACUGUUGCUUGCAACAGAUAUUUGUUAUUAUGGCAAAUAGUUACAGCAUAAGGUCGAAUGGUGAAUAACAUAUAUAAUAUUAACUAUGAAAGUAAAGGAUUUAACUUAUGUUAUUUAUUUCUUAGCUACAUUUUAUAUGAAAGGAACGGUUUAGUAGUAUACGAGGAUCAUGGUAUGUAACAAUAAGAAGUCUUGAAAAUUACAAUCGGUCUGGUGGAAUAUGUCGGAACAUUUUUCUUCGAGUCUGAAAUUCUAUCGUUAUUCAAUCAAAUAAAACUCACUUAGUUGAAAG